UACGAACAAAAACGUACGAAACGAUAUCGCCUUAAUACUUAUUACCUAUUCGUUUGUCGGUUUGUUUACAAAUUUAUAAAAUCUUUACACAUUACUGUAACUUUGUCAAGCUAAUUACAUUCCCGUUCACCAACAUUUAUUAUGGCUGCCGUAGCUAAUAAGCCAAAGUCUGAGAUGACGCCAGAAGAGUUAGCGAAACGCGAAGAAGAAGAGUUUACUACAGGUCCGAUGUCCGUGUUGACUCAAUCUGUUCGUAACAAUACUCAAGUUUUAAUCAACUGUCGCAACAACCGAAAACUUUUAGGUAGAAUAAAGGCUUUUGACCGACAUUGUAAUAUGGUGUUAGAGAAUGUUCGGGAAUUAUGGACUGAAUUACCCAAGACUGGCAAAGGCAAAAAAAAGGCAAAAGCAGUCAGUCGUGAUAAAUAUAUCUCAAAAAUGUUUCUUCGUGGAGAUUCAGUCAUAUUGGUAGUAAAAAAUCCAAAAGAGUCUGUUCGUCCUCAACCACCUGCUUAAUUUAAUUAUAAGUUUGUCAAAUUUAAUAUACAUAUAUAUAUAUAUAUAUAUACACAUAAAUAUUAACGAUAUAAUUGACAGGACAAAAUUGUCAAAUAAUCUCUAAAAUAAAACUUCAUACAUAUAUAAGUU